GGUGGGUUCUCUGCCUCUGCCAAUCCCUCUGUCAUCCGGUUUGAUCACUGCACCAAACGCCCACGCGACUCCGUCCAUGGCAGUGACUGGCGCAGCCGUGGCAAUUCUUCCUCGUUCCCUGCUCUCGUCCUCUUCCUCUAGUUGCCAUCACCUCCUCCUCUUAUUCACCGUUUCCUCUCGCCGCUUCCGUUCGUUCUCCUCUCUCUCUCUCUCCGCACCUCUCCUCUUCCUAAAACCCCACUACCUCCACCGCAACCUCCCAAUCCCUUGCUCUAACCCCAGGCCCAGACCUCCUCUCUCCCUCUCCCUCUCCCUCUCCGCCCGCGGCUUCGCCGCCUCUUCCUCCUCCGGUUCCAGCUUGACCAACCCCACCACCUCCUUCGACUGGUCCGACGACGAGAAUGACGGCGAGGACGGCACCGCCACCGCCAAGUCGAAGAAGAAGACGACGACGGUCGACGACAAGAGCCGCAAUCUUCCCCCACCCUACGAUCCCUUCAGCAAGAAGCCGGUGAUCGAGGAGCCCAGCGACCCGUCCAACCUCCAGGAGAUCUUCCACAAGAUGCGCACCGAGGGCCUCACCAACCACGCCAUCAAGAUGUUCGACGCCCUGUCCAAGGACGGCCUCACCCACGAGGCCCUCGAGCUCUUCUCCGUCAUCAAGGACAAGGGCUCGAUGCCCGACGUCGUCGCCCACACCGCCGUCAUCGAGGCCUAUGCCAACGCCGGCGGCCACUCCAAGGACGCCCUCCGCACCUUCGACCGCAUGCUCGCCUCCGGCGUCUCCCCCAACGCCUACACCUACACCAUCCUCAUCAAGGGCCUCGCGAGGGACGGCAAGCUCCCCGAGGCCCGGAAGUACCUGCUGGAGAUGAUCGGCAAGGGGAUGCGGCCCAACGCCGGCACCUACCUGGCCGUGUUCGAGGCGCACGUCAAGGGGGACAGCACGGACGACGCCAGGGCGCUGCUGGAGGAGAUGAAGGGGAAAGGGUUCGUGCCGGAUGAGAAAGCGGUCAGGGAGAACCUCAGCAAGCGGGGCCAGGUAUUCAGAAGCAUCAUGAGCUUGCUCUUCGGCAAGUGAAGUGAUGAUGUGCAUCGCAAAAAGGUGCUUCCUGGCUUAGAACUCGGAAUUUUUUUUUCUUUUUGGCCCACUUGUCUGCUAUGAAAAACUAAAAUCUGCUUCUAAUCUUGGAAUGAAACACCCCCUCCUGUUGUUUUGGUAUUAUUACUAGUUCCUAUGUACAACUUCUUGGUCGGAUACUGGAUUCCGAAUUUUGACUCAGUUCGGUAUACCGAACUUGAAUUGCUGGUUAAUGCUCUAGCGUUUAUCCAUAUCUUUUGGGA